GAGCAGCAAACAUGGCAGCCUCCAGCAACACGCCAGGUGAAGAGACCAGAGUAAGAAAAAGGAGAGCUGCCUCGUCCAAGCCAGAGUUUGGUUUGAGUAAAAAUCAGACCGACGGUGAAGGGGAAGAAGUUAAAAACGAACAGAGCGGGGCUUUUCCGUUACAACCCGGGACGUAUUGGCUGACACGGAUCGCUUUGCUUAGAUCCAUUGCUUUUAUUUACUUUGUAGCUUUCUGCGUUGCCUACAACCAAAACAAGCAGUUAAUCGGCAAGAAGGGAUUGCUGCCAUGCAAGCAGUACUUGAACGAUGUGAAACGAUAUGUUGGUGGAAAGAUCAACUUGGAUGCCUUGAGUUACACCCCUACUAUCCUGUGGUUCCUUGACUGGACUGACAUGGAUAGGAACUUAGACAAUAUCGCCUUAGUGGGACUGGGCCUCUCCACCUUUGUACUGCUGACAGGAAGAGGAAACAUGAUUAUCAUGACACUUCUGUGGAUUCUGUACCACUCACUUGUCAGUGUGGGGCAAAUCUGGUAUUCUUUUGGUUGGGAGAGUCAGUUACUUGAAACGGGAUUCCUGGGUAUUUUCUUGUGCCCGCUGUGGAGCCUACAGCAAGUGCCCCGUGACAGCCCACCCUCCCGUAUUGUCAUAUGGGCCCUUCGGUGGCUUAUCUUUCGCAUCAUGCUUGGAGCGGGGCUGAUAAAAUUACGAGGUGACCAUUGCUGGAGGGACCUCACCUGUAUGGACUAUCAUUAUGAGACCCAGCCGGUGCCCAGUCCCAUCUCUUACUAUGUGCACCGAUCCCCCUGGUGGUUCCAUCGCUUUGAAACCUUGGUCAAUCACUUCAUCGAGCUCAUCGUCCCCUUCUUCAUUUUUCUGGGACGUCGCAUGUGCAUCAUUCAUGGUGUUCUGCAGAUUCUCUUCCAGGUGGCGCUUAUCCUGAGUGGGAACCUUAGCUUCCUGAACUGGCUGACCAUUGUCCCCAGCAUUGCCUGUUUUGAUGACGCAAGCUUGGGCUUCUUCUUCAGUUCCAGAGGAGGCAGAGCUAAGGAGCUGGUGACCACGAUUCAGGCACAAGACGCAUCUGGGCAGAAGCCAGUCCCGACUUUAGGCACCCUAGUCCGACGAGUGGUGAAUAUCUCUCUGGGCCUCCUGAUAGCCUACCUCAGUUUACCAGUGGUGCUAAACCUGUUGAGCUCCAGACAAAUUAUGAACACCUCCUUCAACCCAUUAAGAAUAGUAAAUACAUACGGCGCGUUUGGAAGCAUUACGAAAGAAAGGACAGAAGUCGUCUUCCAAGGCACACAUAGUCCUGACCACGCCGAGCCCACAGCUAUCUGGGAAGAGUACGAGUUCAAAUGCAAGCCAGGCGAUCUGAGGAGGCGUCCGUGUCUAAUCUCACCAUACCACUAUCGGCUGGAUUGGCUGAUGUGGUUUGCUGCCUUUCAGACAUACGAGCAGAAUGAAUGGGUGAUCCAUCUGGCGGGAAGACUGCUGGCGAAUGACUCCAUAGCUUUAUCGCUGCUUGCACACAAUCCAUUUGAGGGCAGAAAACCCCCAAGGUGGAUCAGAGGAGAACAUUUCCGCUACAAGUUUAGUGAUCCAGGAGGGAUCCAUGCAGCACAAGGCAAAUGGUGGAUCCGGAAGAGAAUUGGCCCGUAUUUCCCUCCUGUCAGUCUAGCCGGGCUUAGGAAGUACUUUGAGGCUCGACACUGGCCCCACCCUGACAUUCCCUGAAUAAAACAAUCGCUGAACAAGACUCAUCUGUGCGUAAGGCGUCUUUGGACGGUUGUCUUCACACAAGAAAUUCACAAGUUCAUCAGUUCAGUGUCAUUCUUUUUGGUGCAGUAAACUGAAUGAUCAGUCAGAAGAAAAAUGAUCAAAUGUGAUAUCACUGCGUGCUUUAUAGUUUUGAACAGUUUUCAUUUUCUAAAGUGUAUGUUCAGUUCUUUGUUCCUGAUGUUGGUCAGCAUCAAGGCCUGGCUGUUAGUGAGGCUUCCUCUGGGGUCCUGGUGUCAGUCUUAGUCUGGAGCACCUGCUAUGUGGAGUUUGCAUGUUUUAAGGUUUCCUUUAACGCAAUGUUCAGGCUGAUAUAGGCAGAAAUUCCCUGUAUCCACACCCUGCAGUGGGCUCUCUCUCAUCCUCAAAGGACAGAGCAAAAAUUGAAGAUGAAGAGAUGUUCCUCAAUUUUGCAAGUUUAAACUUCAAUAUACCGUCACACUGUAUAUGAUUUUGUCCCUUUUGUUGGAUACUGAAUAGAACAUUCUUUAAUUAAAUCACUCGCAGGAA